AUGCUGCGCACCGCCCUCAGACAAAGUGGCAGCCGCCUGGCCUCCGGCAGCAGCUGUGCUGCGCGUUCAUCCUUUUCCACCGCCAGCGCCUCCCUCGCCUCAAAACGCAGAGCGCUCGCCGUCACCACCUCCAAGCUGCACGCCAGGAGCUAUGCCAUCUCCGCCGAGGACACGAGCAAGGGCGUGGACCCCAAUGACUCCUUCCUCCAGGGCAACACGGCCAACUAUGUCGAUGAGAUGUACAUGCAGUGGAAGCGCGACCCCUCGAGCGUCCACGUCUCAUGGCAGGUCUACUUCAAGAACAUGGAGUCGGGCGACAUGCCCGUCUCGCAGGCCUUCCAGCCGCCCCCGACCAUUGUCGCGCCCCUCGGCGGCCUGCCCGCCUUCACCACGCCCGGCCAGGGCCUUUCCGCCAGCGAGGGUGGCGAGGUCAUGAACCAUCUCAAGGUUCAGCUGCUUGUGCGCGCGUACCAGGCCCGCGGCCACCACAAGGCCAAGAUUGACCCUCUGGGCAUCCGGACCGAGGCGGAACAGUUUGGAUACAGCCGGCCCAAGGAGCUGGAGCUCGACCACUACGGCUUCACCGAAAAGGACCUCGACCAGGAGUUCACCCUCGGUCCCGGUAUCUUGCCCCGCUUCAAGACGGCCGAGCGCGAGAAGAUGACGCUGCGCGAGAUCAUUGCCGCCUGCGAGAAGAUGUACUGCGGCUCCUACGGUGUCGAGUACAUCCACAUUCCCGACAGGGAGCAGUGCGACUGGCUGCGUCAGCGCAUCGAGGUCCCCCAACCCUACAAGUACUCCGUCGAUGAGAAGCGCCGCAUCCUCGACCGCCUCAUCUGGGGCUCCAGCUUCGAGUCGUUCCUGGCCACCAAAUACCCCAAUGACAAGCGAUUCGGUCUCGAGGGUGGCGAGAGUUUGAUUCCCGGCAUGAAGGCGCUCAUCGACCGCAGUGUCGAUUACGGCGUCAAGGACAUUGUCAUCGGUAUGCCCCACCGUGGUCGUCUUAACGUGCUCAGCAACGUCGUCCGCAAGCCCAACGAGUCCAUCUUCUCCGAGUUUGCCGGCACCGCUGACCCCUCGGACGAGGGCUCCGGUGACGUCAAAUACCACUUGGGUAUGAACUUUGAGCGUCCCACGCCCUCGGGCAAGCGCGUGCAGCUUUCGCUCGUCGCCAACCCGUCGCAUUUGGAGGCCGAGGACCCCGUCGUCCUUGGUAAGACGCGCGCCAUUCUGCACUACAACAACGAUGAGCAGGAGGCCAAGACGGCCAUGGGUGUUCUUCUCCACGGUGACGCCGCCUUCGCUGGCCAGGGUGUCGUCUACGAGACCAUGGGCUUCCACGCCCUGCCCAAGUACCACACCGGUGGUACCAUCCACAUCAUCGUCAACAACCAGAUUGGUUUCACGACCGACCCCCGUUUCGCGCGUUCGACCCCCUACUGCUCCGACCUUGCCAAGGCCAUUGACGCCCCCGUCUUCCACGUCAACGGUGAUGACGUCGAGGCCUUCAACUUCGUCUGCCAGAUGGCCGCCGACUACCGCGCGCAGUUCAAGAAGGACGUCGUCAUCGACAUGGUCUGCUACCGCAAGCAGGGCCACAACGAGACGGACCAGCCCUUCUUCACCCAGCCCCUCAUGUACAAGCGCAUCAGCCAGCACGAGCCGUCCCUCAACAAGUACGUCAACAAGCUGCUCGAGGAGGGCACCUUCACCAAGGAGGACAUCGAGGAGCACAAGAACUGGGUCUGGGGUAUGCUCGAGGAGAGCUUCUCACGCAGCAAGGACUACCAGCCCACCGCCAAGGAGUGGCUGACGUCUGCCUGGAACGGCUUCAAGUCGCCCAAGGAGCUUGCCACCGAAGUCCUGCCCCACCUGCCCACCGCCGUCGACGAGGGCGUCCUGAAGCAGGUCGCUGAGAAGCUCGGCAACCCGCCCGAGGGCUUCAACGUCCACCGCAACCUUAAGCGUAUCUUGCAGAACCGCUCCAAGACCGUCACCGAGGGCAAGAACAUCGACAUGGCCACCGCCGAGGGUCUCGCUUUCGGUACUCUGUGCUUGGACGGCCACCACGUCCGUGUGUCCGGUCAGGACGUCGAGCGUGGUACCUUCUCCCAGCGCCACGCAGUCGUCCACGACCAGGAGAACGAGGGCACCUACACUCCUCUGGCCGACCUCAGCAAGGACCAGGGUACCUUUGUCAUCUCCAACUCGUCCCUGAGCGAGUUCGGCGUUCUCGGCUUCGAGUACGGCUACUCGCUGUCUUCCCCCAACGCCCUCGUCAUGUGGGAGGCCCAGUUCGGUGACUUUGCCAACAACGCUCAGUGCAUCAUCGACCAGUUCGUCGCCUCCGGUGAGACCAAGUGGCUCCAGCGCAGCGGUCUCGUCAUGUCGCUGCCCCACGGUUACGACGGCCAGGGCCCCGAGCACUCUUCCGGCCGCAUGGAGCGCUACCUCCAGCUUUGCAACGAGGACCCCCGCAUCUUCCCCAGCGCCGACAAGCUCGAGCGCCAGCACCAGGACUGCAACAUGCAGGUCGCUUACCUCACCCAGCCCUCCAACAUGUUCCACAUCCUUCGUCGCCAGAUGAACCGCCAGUUCCGCAAGCCGCUCAUCCUCUUCUUCUCCAAGUCCCUCCUGCGUCACCCUAUGGCCCGCUCCAACAUUGAAGAUUUCACCGGCGACUCCCACUUCGAGGCGCUCAUCCGUGACCCGGGUCACCAGAAUGGCGAGAUUGCUCCCAACGAGGAGAUUGACCGCGUCGUUCUUUGCACCGGUCAGGUCUACACCUCCCUGGUCAAGCACCGCCAGGAGAACGGCCUCAAGAACACCGCCAUCACCCGUCUGGAGCAGCUCCACCCCUUCCCGUGGGCGCAGCUCAAGGACAACCUCGACUCGUACCCCAACGCCAAGAACAUUGUCUGGUGCCAGGAGGAGCCGCUCAACGCCGGUGCCUGGUCAUUCACCCAGCCCCGCAUUGAGACUCUGCUCAACGAGACCGAGCACCACAACCGCAGGCACGUCCUGUACGCCGGCCGCAACCCCAGCGCCUCCGUUGCCACGGGUCUCAAGUCGACCCACCAGAAGGAGGAGAAGGAUCUGCUGAACGAUGCCUUUACCAUCGCGCAGGAGAAGCUCAAGGGCGAGUAA